UCGCCACCGCAUCCGAGUCGCGGUUCAUAAAUGAACUCCUCCUGCUCUGCUCUGCUCUGCCUUGCACCGUCUUCUCUCCGUUUGAAUGCACGAGAGCCGACAUGGAGAUCAACGGGAGUUGUGGUGGUGGUAGUAGUACGGGCAGGAGGCUGAAGCAGCGACUGGCUCGCAUGUUCCUCCGCUCCUCCUGCAACACUUCCACCUCCGCCGCCUCGGCCGGAGCAGAGCCGGUCUUCGAGGUGGAACACCGCGACCAUGGCCUCGGUCGUCGUUCGCUUUCUUUCGCUGUGCCUGGCGAUCACCGCCGGCACACAGCGGUUGCUGUUGCGCUGCCGCGGUCAGUGGAUUGCAGCGGGUGUAAACCAUCCCACCAAUCUGCAUCCUUGAUGGCAAAGAGUGACAAGUGGAAGGAUUCCAAGGGAAGAAAGAAGGAGAAUACUGCUUCUCCCUCCUUGCCACGGAAGAGUUCUUACUACUAUCAUUGCAUCGACAAGGCCAUGGGAGAAAGGAAGGAGAUCAAGAGGAAGAAAAAGAAGAGACUUUUGUCCAACGGCUACGGAUUCAGCAGCUCCUCGUCGACUGAAAGCGAUCAAGAAGACGGAUUCUUCAGCAGCGAAGAGCGCGAAGGAAAGGAAGAGGAGGCCGAGGCGUUCUUCUCAUCGAGGAGCUUCUCCUCUGUCUCCUGCGACUUCUACCAGAGGCCGACGUCCAAUAAGAAGAAGAAGAACAACAACAACAACAACAAGAAAGAACCCGAGCGUCCUCCACGACGACGCCGCCGCGGCGGUGGGAAGUACGAAGUUUGGGGAGUGUGCAAGGGGCUUCAACCCCUGGUCUCCGUCCGAUCUCCCGCAGCCAAGAACGGCGUCGCGGUGGUGAAGCGAUCGAGGGAUCCUUACACCGACUUCCGGAGCUCGAUGGCGGAGAUGAUCACGGAGAGGCAAAUCUUCGAAGCCGAAGACUUAGAGAGCUUGCUGCAAUCCUAUCUCUGUCUCAACUCCCCUCACCUCCAUCUUGUCAUCCUGCAGGCCUUCUCUGAUAUCUGGGUUGUUCUUUUUGGCCACUAAGUAGUUUGUUGCAGUGUUUUCUCUUUAGCGUUAGCUUGUGAUGUAAUCUUUGAUCGUGUUUAACGAGUUCUCUGACGAUGGAUUCACUCUGUCGGGCUUCCUUUGU